GCCCCAUGGAAAUCCUCUCCCCUAAGCGAAGCAGUCGCUCCCAACUCGGCCACGAAAGUGGAGGAGGUGAUGCGGCCGACUCUGCUGUGGCCGUCUCCGAGACGGUGAACCAGCGGUCGAGGUCGAACACCCUUCUCUUGGCCGCCAACUACAUGAUCCUCUUCCUGGGCUCUCUGUCCUCAUCCCUGCUCUCCCGCUUCUACUUCGUCCAUGGCGGCUCCAACCGUUGGGUGGAGACCCUGGUUCAGUCGGCCGGCUUCCCGCUCCUCCUCCUCCCCAUAUACCUCACUCCGUCUCCCUCCUCUCGUCCCUUCUCUGGCUUCAGUCGUCGUCUUGUUUAUGUGUCCCUCCUGCUCGGCCUCCUGCUGGGCGUCAACAAUCUGCUCUUCUCCUGCGGCGUGUCCUACCUCUCCGUCUCCACUUCCUCGCUCCUCCUAUCGUCGCAGCUCGGUUUCACGCUCCUCCUCUCGGCGCUCCUCGUCCGCCACCCGUUGACCUUCUCCAGUCUCAACUGCGUCGUGCUUUUGACCCUCAGCUCCGUUCUUCUCGCUCUCAACUCGUCCGGUGACCGCCCCCCCGGCGUCGACCGGGGCCACUUCUUCCUCGGCUUCGCCGCCACCCUCGGCGCCGCGGGCCUCUUCGCGGUGUACCUCCCGGUCACGCAGCUGGUCUACCGCGGGGUGAGCGGGUACCGGAUGGUGGUGGAGGUGCAGCUGCUGAUGGAGGCAGCCGCGACGGCGCUAGCUGCGACGGGGAUGGCGGCGAGCGGCGGGUGGCGAAAAGAGGGCGCGUGGGACCUCGGCGGCGCCCGGUACUGGACGGUGGUGGCGGCCACGGUGGUGGGCUGGCAGUUCUGCUUCAUGGGCACCGCGGGGAUGGUGUUCCUGACGUCCUCCGUGAACAGCGUCAUCUGCAUGACGGCACUGCUCUCCGUCAACGUGCUGGGCGGCGUCCUGGUGUUCGGCGACGAGUUCGGCGGCGGCAAGGCGGUGGCCCUGGUGCUCUGCCUCUGGGCCUUCAGUUCCUACCUGUACGGAGAGUACAAGAAGAAGAAGGACGAGGCUGUGAUGGCAAUGGAGGAGGGGAAGGAGACGGAGAGGAGAGAGAGUAGCGAGGUGACUGGAGGCGAUAACAGUGCUUGA